AAUUGGUAUUAUAUGAUUUGACCACGUUGAGUUACCAUGAAAUUCCCCGAAUAAAUAUUGAAAAAUAAAGACGAACUGAGUGGGACGAAACUCCUGAUAAACAAGUGGAUCGAAUGUACGUAGUUGAGAAAUAUCAGUGUCUUGACCUUCGAGCGUGAAAAAUCGAGAGAUUGAAUUGUUUGAAUCCGUCCUUGACGAGAGAAUAGUGUGGUGGUUUCCGGAUGAUAUUUCUCCAGCUCUCGUCUAGUCGGAUUAACCAGAAAGAGAGAGGGUAUUAAAAUAAAAAUGGAUUAUGAUUCGAUGGGUAUAUAACAGUGGUGAUUCCGUGAUUAAACACAGUCAUAAAUCAAUCAACGCACCGUGAUGACUGAUAGAGUAAUUAUUUUUGCUGCAAUCCUGGCGGUGGCACGGGCGGGUGUCAUUGCACCGACAGUGACAGUACUCCAGCCUGCGGAAGUAGUGGGAAGUACGACUUAUGAUCCUCAGCCGCAGUAUAGCUACAGCUACAGUGUUGCUGAUGAUGUGACUGGGGACCAGAAAGCCCAGGAGGAAACCCGAAAUGGAGAUGUGGUCCAGGGUAGCUACAGUCUUGUUGAACCCGAUGGCUCUAGACGACGGGUGUCCUAUGCAUCUGAUUCUAUCAAUGGAUUCAGUGCUGUUGUUCAGCAUGAGCCAAGUGUCACUGUUGUUGCACCAUCACCUGCUUAUAGGGCUGCUGUUGUCACUGGUCCUGUUCAUAUAGUUCGUCAAUCUCUUAUCACUGCGGCUAAUGCCAAUGUUCAACGAUCGACUUCGGUCGCAUCUCUCUCGCCCUAUACAUCCCAAGAUCCUGUUGGACUCAAUGUACAAGCCGGUGCCCUCUACGCAAAUCAACCUGUCCGUGGACCCUUUGCCCAACAAGCUGUUUCUGAACGUGUGCCAGGACAACAAUAGAUGAUGAAAUCUCAAUUCACGAUGUUCUGGAGAGUCCGGUUGUUAGAGAGUAGAUGUUGAUGGUAAACCCAUAGAUUGUCAGACAUUAGAAAACACUUCAUU